AUGAGUAGCGAUUCUAACGUGACAGAAAACUCGCCUAAAGCCUCAGAAAAAACUGGUUCCAGAGCCGAAGACUUCAAAGCGUUAACAAAAAGAUAUGCUGAAAGUUGUUCUGAGAUGCUAGAUCACUCAAAGGGGCCUUACAAACAUUUAAAAAGCGAACUCACAAAUUUCUUGCCAGAAGAGACACUGAAAAAGUUUGAUAACUUAGUUCAAGAACAAAAAUGCAAAUACAAAGCAGAUUUACUGGAUAUAGCCAGCAGUGUAUCUGAAGGGCUCGGCGAUCGUCUCAGUGUUUUAGAUGAUAUGGUUGAAGAAGCAAAGGAACACGACAGAGUGAAAGCUCAACUGAUUCCUUCUCCUUCUCAAGUCAAUCGAGGAGUUAUUUAUAAGCAGAAGCAGGAACUGAUCAAACAAAUGCAGCAUACAUAUCUCAAGGAAGCUGAUGAAGGCCGUCAAAUAUACAAACAAAUUAAAGCACUUAAACAGCAGACUGAUUCCAAAAAGCAGAGAAUCGAAACCAUCGCAAACUAUUAUGAUGAGUAUGUUAGAACUGCUCAGGAAAUUUCAGGCAUUGUCGCUGCCCUUACUCACGAUAAGAAGUAA